AUGGGUGAUGAAGCGCGAGGGGGCGUUAGACAAGACAGUGAUGAGGAACUCAGUUCCGACGAUGAACUGCAGCAAGAGUUGUGCAAGCUGGCAGGCAUCAAGAAAGACUGUGUCCAGAAACGACGCCAGGAAAAACCGGUAAAGUCGGAAUUCGAAAUGGAUAUGGAAUGCGAACUGGAUCAGCUGAUCACGGAUUAUGCUAAUGAGCAUCUCAGUGGUAACAUCAAGCGAUCAGGAGCUUCGGCGGCAACUCGUAAAGAGUUACCUAAGAUCAAGGAAGUCGAGAUGCCUGCGUUAGCCAGUUACAGCGAUGAGGAAAAUGAAAGCGAGACUAGUCAUGACAAGAAAGAGGAAAGUGGAGAGCAAUGUGUCCCAACGAAACGUGUGAGACUGGAAGUCGUAGCUGAGACAAAGACGCUACCAAAGGUUGAAGAAAUGGAGACAGAUACCGUUUAUCCUGGCAGUUCUUCAGCUAGUCAGCCAGCCAGCAUUGUUGACACGAUGGAUUCGUCACCGGUGAAGAAGGGCGAACCUGGAAAGGGUGCGAAAGACGCAGAGAAGCCUGCUCAGGAGGAAGCUGAGGACGAAAAUCCGAUCAAAAAAGCAGCACGACAAACAAUGAAGGAUGUGAAGGCGGAGCUACCUGAUUUUUACGAUCCAGAUGAAGAUGACCAAAAUGAGAAGUGGAUGCAACAGCAACGUAAACGAAACACAGGCAUCAUUGAUGCAGGAAAAACUGAGAAAGAGGCGAGGUAA